CACGAACUGCCUUCUAAACAGAAAAAGGGUUCUGAAAGUACGAGGAGUCAACAUGGAGCUAGUGAACUUGAUGAUGAAUAAAGUUUGUAUCUUUAGAUUUGCCUGAAAGGCUUUACUGUGGGCAACAUCAUCCAACAGAGUAACCCUAAGAAUUGUGGGAAAACAUGUCUGCACCCUUUCCAACCUGGGAACCACCUUCAUUUUCUCAGUGAAGAAGUAAUUUUACAGAGAGGACGUUAGCAGCAAGGGUGAAAAUGUCUGAAAUUACGUCGAAUAAGAUGGUUUCCAGAGGUCUGACCAGAGAGGUGAUCAGUGAAAUGCUGAUGAAGAAUUACGAACGGCUUCCAGACUCGGAUAAGAACUUCUUCAAGUAUGGGCCGCUCUAUCUAAGUGGUAACGCUAGCCUCACAGGACUGAUUGCCAAUAGUCUUUGCCGCAGGGCUCUGAAAGUGACCCAGGGCGCCUUCACUUCCAGCUUGCCUAUGUGCGUCUUGCCCUUCCUGUCCACAGUGUCCCUGUACUAUGCAGCGGUAUCGAACCCUCUUCUGUCCGGUGACCUCGAUUGUGGCACCUGUGCUCAGAUACGAGGUGCACUCGUCGGUCUGAUUAGUGCUGGUCUGUACCCCAUAAUUCUGGCCAUACCAGUGAACUUGGGCUUGGCGGCGAGGUACAGCACAAUCACCAUGCCAGCAAAGGACGCCCAGUUGCGGUUCGCGAUGGCCCUGUCCAGACCCAUCAUGAGGAAAAUGAUGGCAGUCCUACUGCUCCACACCGUGUUUGGCACUUACCUGGGAACUAAGAAUUUUAAAACAUACACCAAACUGGCAGAGAUAACAUUCAGACCGAAUGAAGAGGAACUCGGAGAAUAAAAUUCAAGGUGUUGAAAAAUAUCUGAAAUGCAACAGAACAACGAAUACUUCUUUGUAAUAAGUCAAUAAAUCCAAUAUACUAACUCAACCUUUGAA